GAAGCAGCAGAUGAGUUAGCACCCAUGCCGAUAGGAAAGCCUGGCUGCAAAACAAACUGCAGUGGCGUUUUGAUUCAAUACCCUUUCGGAAUCGGCCAAUCCGGCGGUGAAGAUUGCUUCUACGACGUGUGGUUCCAAAUCGACUGCAACCAGUCCACCGGGUGGAAGCCAAUCUUGAGGCACACUCAAAUGGAGAUAGGCAACAUUACCAUUGCUGAAAAUGCAGAUAGAGUUCAGGUCUAUAGCCCUGUCACUUCCUUGUGCCCUAAUACUUCAUCAAGGCAACCAAGAGAUUUCGCCGGCAGCCCUUUCGUCUACUCUCAGAAGUUCAAUAUAUUUACUGCAGUGAGUUGCGGCUUCCUUGCCGUGAUUAGCUCCGAUGAGUUAAUCGUCGGUGGGUGCAGGUCAAGGUGUGGAGAGAACGGCUACAGCGUUGACAUGCCAUGUGACACUGGUGAUAAUUGUUGCCAGACUACUAUUCCUUCAUCUCUCACAGUUAUCAGUGCUAGCAUACAGAGAGAUCCAAAUGGAAGCGCACCUGGUGGUGCUGGUUGCAAAGAACGUGCUUUUCUGGUUGACCAAGAUUGGUUUAGUGCUACAAGUUACUAUGCCAUUGAGAACAUGAGCAGCGUUCCUGUGGUGCUGGAAUGGACUUUAAACAACGAUCAUGCUACUUCUUCAUUUCAACCAUUUCAAUCUUUCCUAGCAGAUACCGAUUGGUAUUUCACGGAUCCAACACCGUUUUGCUCGAUUGACCAAUCCACAAGCAAUCGAACUGGAACCACAUUCAGUUGUUACUGCAGUUCUGGCUUUGAAGGAAAUCCAUACCUUCUCGCGCCUUGUCGUGAUAUUGAUGAAUGCGCAAUUCGGCCUAGCGUCUGCUCGCCAGGCAGCAAGUGUAAGAACACUCCUGCAAUGUAUUAUUGCGGGGCUGACAGCCAUGUUGUGACAUGGGUCCUUUCAGGUGUUGGCGGGUGCUUUGGAUUGUUAUUGUUACUUACUGGUGCAUGGUUGACACACAAAUACCUUCAGAAAAGGAAAAACAAAAAGCGCAAGGAGUUGUUUUUCAAGAGAAAUGGUGGUUUACUACUACAGCAACAAUUAUCAUCCGGUAAAGUUAACGUUGAGAAGAUUAAGUUGUUUACAUCUGAGGAGUUGGAGAAGUCUACUGACAAAUUCAAUGUUGAUAGAAUCCUUGGCCAGGGAGGCCAAGGCACUGUUUACAAAGGCAUGCUAGCAGAUGGAAGGAUCAUCGCUAUUAAGAAGUCGAAAAUGGUCAGUGAAGGCCAACUCUCGGAUUUCAUCAAUGAGGUUGUCAUUCUUUCUCAGAUUAACCAUAGAAAUGUAGUUCAGCUAUUGGGUUGUUGUUUAGAGAAUGAAGUUCCUCUCUUAGUUUAUGAGUUCAUACCAAAUGGUACUCUUUCCAAGUAUAUCCAAGGUCAGGUGGAAGAAUUUCCACUUACAUGGAAAAUACGAUUACGAAUUGCAACAGAAAUUGCAGGAGCUCUUUUCUACCUACACUCUGCGGCUUCAUUUCCCAUUUUUCAUCGAGAUAUCAAGUCAACAAACAUACUUCUGGAUGAAAAAUACAGAGCAAAAGUUGCAGAUUUUGGAACUUCCAGAUCUGUUGGCAUUGAUCAAACCCACCUGACCACAUGUGUACAUGGUACGUUUGGUUAUAUGGACCCAGAAUACUUCCAUUCAAGUCAAUUUACAGAGAAAAGUGAUGUCUAUAGCUUCGGAGUUGUCCUUGUUGAGCUUUUGACUGGACUAAAACCAGUGUCUGCUGUGACAAAAUCACCAGAAGAAUUCAGAAAUCUUGCCUCACAUUUUCUUACUUCAAUGCAAGAAGAAAAUCUACGCGAAAUUCUCGAUGCCCGAGUUCUCAAAGAGGGCUCUGAAACAGAUAUUAUGGUUGUUGCUAACCUUGCAAAAAGAUGUUUGAAUGAGAAUGGAAGAAAUCGCCCUACAAUGAGAGAGGUAACAGCAGAGUUGGAGUCCAUCUAUAUCCCUAUGUGCACAGAAAAGGCGUCAAAUCCUGAUCAACGAGCUAAAUCCAUUGAUAGUUGGGAUGGAAGUGAAACAGCAACUGAGAUAGCUUCUGAUAGGUAUGGUGAUUAUGAGAUUGACUUCAUAACCACUUAA